AUGCCGCAGCAAUCCGUGAGUGUAGAUGGCUUGUACGCGAAGGACAUCCGAUCACAAGUUGACCUGUUGAUCAACAACCUGGUCAACAUCAAGGAUGAGGCUGGUGAAUUUUUGUUGAGACUACCGGACGGGAGAGUGAUUGAUACCAAAGGAUGGAACGACUGGGAGUGGACGCACGGCAUAGGCCUCUAUGGCGUGUGGCAAUACCACACAUUGACUGGUUCAAAGCAAGCUCUAGAAGUCGUUGAGUCGUGGUUCACAGGCCAAUUGGCCACUGGAACGACGAAAAACAUCAACACAAUGGCUGUCUUUCUCACAUUAGCAUAUCUUUAUGAGAAGAAUGGCGAGCAAACGUACCUUCCUUGGCUCGACUCGUGGGCUGAAUGGGCCAUGUACGAGCUAGAGAGGACGCCUUUUGGCGGCAUGCAGCACGUCACGUACCUCACCUACAACCAUUACGAGCUGUGGGAUGAUACGCUCAUGAUGACUGUCCUCCCGUUGGCCAAGAUUGGCAAACUGCUGAACCGGCCGCACUACAUCGAAGAGGCCAAGCGACAAGUCUUGCUGCACAUCAAAUAUCUGUUCGAUCCCACGACUGGCCUGUUUUUCCACGGCUGGAAAUUCGACGAGUCUGCACCUGGUGGUUUUGGGCACAACUUUGCGCGGGCAAGAUGGGCUCGCGGUAAUUGCUGGCUGACCGUCUUCAUCCCGGAUUUUAUCGAAUUGCUGGACUUGCCGCCGGGAGAUGGCCUUCGGACGCACCUUAUCGACACACUAGAAGCUCAAUGCAUAGCUUUGAAGAAGUUACAAGAUGAUGAGGGUAUGUGGCGAACGCUCCUGGACGUGCCUCAAAACGAAGGCAGCUAUGUCGAAGCCUCGGCGACCGCAGGUUUCGCCUACGGCAUCCUAAAGGCGAUCCGAAAGCGGUAUAUCAGCAAAGAUUUCGAGCCUAUUGCCACCAAAGCUGUUAAGGCCGUGCUGAGCCGUAUUGCGCCUGAUGGAGAGCUGAGAGACACCAGUUUUGGGACAGGCAUGGGCCACGACUUGCAGCAUUAUAAAGACAUUCCAGUCACAAGUAUGCCGUAUGGACAGAGUCUGGCGAUGAUGUGUCUUGUAGAAUAUCUGCGAAAGUUCGUGUGA